AUGAAGGAGUUCGAGGCUCCGGCGUCUCACGAGCUUGUUCCGAAACCCGCUCGCGCCUCCUCACCGAUCUGGAACUACGGAGUAAAGUUGAAGGACCGUUCGAGAGGCAAAUGGGCCUUCGCUUGCUUUGGCAGUACGGUGUGCAGGGCCAGAAGCAAGAACGGUGUGUUUAUUGCCAUCUCCAAGCGAACGGGGUCGAACGCCCUGGACCACGUGAAGCACAAGCACGGCGCAGGGGCCUCUACGAACGUUAUAUCCGCUCAGGCGAUGGCAGACCUGUGUGUGCAAAAGCCCAGCCCGUUCACCAGAUUUUUCGACAACGAGCUGUCUCGGGCGUUGGAAUGGGUCCAGCGGCACGUGAUCGAGUGUUGCUCGCCUCUAACGCUCGGCGAGACCGAGGGAGUGAAGACAAGCGUGCUGCUGUCCGCUCGAAGCUUCGCCCCCAGCCGCAUCCGCAAGCAAGAAGUGAAGAGGAUGGUGGUCGAGUGCUAUGCCGCUACCGCUGCCCAAUUCAAGGAGGAGAUGGCCACUGAGGUGGCGGGCGUGCCGUGUCUGCACCUCAGCCUCGAACUGUGGGUUGACAAGUCAUCGAGCUUGAAAUACAUGGGUGUUCGGUUUUUCUACGUCAACUCUGUCUGGCAACUGAAGUCCUACCUCCUCGCCGUUCGGCAGUUCAACCCUACGCCGGAGACGCUCAAGAAUGAACGUCUCUCUGAGCUCCUCGAGAAGUACGUCUUCGCCGUGCUCGAGGAGUUCGGCAUCGACGCGUCGCUGCUGUUCUCAGCAACAAGCGAUGCCGGCGGCGACGUCAAGCGCCUGUGCAGUGUGCUGCUCCCGGGGCUACGGGAGUGGUGCGUGUGCCACAUGCUCAGCGAUUCUCUGGCCGAGGCCGUCGGUACUUGCGUGGGCCCACAACAGCCGGGCGGUCGUGCCGCACGCAACGUGGUCAUGGCGGUGAAGAAAGCCGUGGAGCGCGUUCGCAAGUCUCCCGCUUCAAAGGAUAUCUUUACGGAGGAGCAAGUUAUUCAGUUCUCGCAGUGCUCGAACCGCAAGGUGGUCAACGCGGCACCGCAGCGGUGGUCUGGUGUGACCGGCGCCCUCGAGGCAACCGUCACCAACCGCGCUGCCAUCAACGGGGUGUACGCCGAGGAAGGGGAGGACAGCCCGCUGUCGCCGCAUGUGCACGAGAUCGACGAGCUGUAUUCCCUCAUCCAGCCGGUUGCGGAGGUCAUCGCUACGUGCCAGCAAACCCACUUCCCCACGGGGCAAGCUGCUGUGCUCGGCCUGGCGGCACUCAAGCUCAGCACCUUGAACGCCGACGCCCCGCUCGACAUCCUUACCCCGGCGAGCAAGCCGACACAGGGUGCGACGGAGGGCGCUGGCGGCGAGCAACGAACGACCGCAAGGGCGCACAAGGACCUGACCCGAGUGGGUCGCGAGGCUCGCGAACACCUCGCUUCGGCCCUGCACUGGCGGGACUUCGACAAGCGUUAUAAGUCAACCGUGGCCAAGAGCACGGGCUUGGUGUUCGACAUGCAGAUGGGGCUGCACCCGUGCACGGCCGACCUCCAGUACGUUAGCAGGCUCGCCCCGACGGAAGGGCAUGCCGCGGUCGUCAAGAAGAACAUCACCGACAAGAUCAUUGCCUUGGCUGCGAAGCUGGCGGACAAGAAGGCAGAACGCAAGGGGAUUGAAGCGGAGCAGGGCGAGCCGGCCGCGAAGCGGGCGCCCCAGGCGUCUGCUCCCGGCAACACGUACCCAAUGUUCGCCAGCGCCCGAUACCACAAGGAGGCGACGACCACUGCGAUUAUGGCAGGCCUCGGACUCAUCGCGACCAGGGAUGAGGGGACGAGCGCGUCGCCUAUAGAGCGCGCUCGCGCCGAGCUCGAGACGCUGAGAAGCGCAAGCGACGAUGCACUGUUCGGCGACACGAGCUGCGAGGGCGUGCUCAACUGGUGGAAGAGAAAGGAGCACUCGUACCCACUCCUGGCUAGGGUAGCGCGCGUCGUCUUCGCCGCCCCCGCGUCGGUGAUGGUGCAGGAGCGCGAUUUAGGUUCCGCUGGGCGCAUGAUGACGUCAUCGAGGAGCACCGGUGAUGCCAAGUACGUGGAGAUGGUCCUCUUUCUGCACGGUAACGUGGACCUCCUUCCGGAGAUCAUCCCAGAGCUGCCAGCCGACGGAGUUAACGGAGUCCAAACCAAGAUUCCCGGGCGGUUGUCCAACCCCAUGCUGGAGCUGCACGCGCUUGAUGGCGAGUUCGGCCCGGUGGACCUUACCAACGACGACGAAAGCGAGGGAUAAGGGCGGCGCGGCGAGACGCCGGAGACCGGGCUUUUUAUGUGCAUAUUUGCGUACCCGUUUUGGAUAGAGGGGGUGCAGAUUGAUAAGAGCGUUGUGUCAAACCAGGAAUUGGGUUCCCAACGAGGGAAAAUGACAUUGCUUUUCA